CUUGGCCACCCACGGCUCUCUACCCGACUCCGGCGUAGGCCACGGGUAGAAGGGUGGUCUCCAAGAACCGAGACCCUGUGUCCGGCUCCUGCUGGGGGCGGAGCCAGAUCCAGCGACAGGCGAGCGGGCCAGUGCUGGGCAGGCUGUGGGCCUGACAGCCAAUCCGAAGCCGGGGGCGCGGGGAGCGGGCAGGGAGGCGAGGCACUGGAGCGUGGGGGACCCGCGGGGCUACUUGCCUCCGCCCCACCCCCGCGGUGGGUCCAGGCCCUGCCUGUCCCGGCCACCGCUGCCUGAGCCGGCGCUCGCGGCUGCAGGCGGUAAGCUGUAGCGGGCCCAGCCUGCGGCUCCGGGCGCCCUCGGGAGGGCGGACCUGGGGUCGGACCCGCUGCCCCACGCCUUGGCCUCCUGCCGAUCGCCACCACCCCUAGCCUCUCCGGCUGAGCUCGGCGCCCCAGAGAGGAUUAAACUCAGAAGAACUGAGAUCCAGAGAGGUGGAGUGACGUGCCAAGGGUCAUCUGACUCUUGGGCAAGUGUAUCCCUCCAGGAAAGGAAAGAGCUGCAAUAUUUUUUUGUCCUUCAAGCAGGAGCACCCAGGGCACCAGGGAGCUCCCUUUCUCCCUGGAGGUGGCAACCAGAAAGUAUAGCAGGGGCCACGGGCUGGGACACUGCUGAUGUCAGGAGCAAGUUUCCAGGCCGAGUGACCACAGGCAACCUCUCAGCCAGGGCCCUCUCAGCAUCGGCAUGGACUCCAGGAUCCCACCUGCCGGGGGCUGGCUCAGCAGCCGCCCACCCACCUCGGAGCCUGACCUGGAGCCUGCCACAGAGGGGCCAGCCUCCGAGACCACCACUCUCAGUACAGAAGCCACCAGCUUUAAUGACACCAGAAUCCCGGAUGUGGCUGCGGGCACAGCUGGUGUGGGCACAAUGCUUCUGUCCUUUGGAAUCAUCACAGUGAUUGGCCUGGCUGUGGCCGUGGUUUUGUACAUCAGGAAGAAGAAGAGGCUGGAGAAGCUCCGCCACCAGCUCAUGCCCAUGUACAACUUCGACCCCACGGAAGAACAGGAUGAACUGGAGCAGGAGCUGCUGGAGCACGGGCGGGACGCUGCCUCCGUGCAGGCCGCUGCCUCUGCGCAAGCCGCACAGGGCAAGACCACGCUCCCCUCUCAGGGCCCACUGCAGAGGCCCAGCCGGCUGGUGUUCACUGACGUAGCCAAUGCCAUCCAUGCGUGAGCGGCCCGAGGACCGGCCUGGAUCUCUGAUGAAGAUAUCUGCCAUCGUGCCCCUCGAGCUGCCUGCUCCAUGAUUGUUAAGACCCACUCUCAGGACCUGCUCUGCUGAGGCCCAGCUGUUCCAAGGACCCAACUGCUGGCUCUCCAGGCUCUAGAGAGGGCCCUGGCUAGGCUGGACAUCUGGCUACUGAGGUCUCCUGAUCUGAGGGCCCUGGCAUAGGGGACAGCCCUCCUCCUGUCAGGAAGGUUGAGAGUCACUGCUGGCUUGCUUGUGUCCUGCCCAGACCCCUCACCCCAUGGUCUGCUCCUCUAAGGUGGAGGAUGUGGGGACAUGGGAUAGGAGGGGAGGUGGAGGAGAGUGGGGAGGGGUUCCCCUUUGUCAGGGAGAGACCUGUCUUUGGAAUCCGCAGCGUCCUCUGGAAUAGGGAGGGGCAAUCAACCAGGUCUUGGGGACAGGGUGUGGUGACACCCGGGGAGAAGCCCAGGGAUGAACCAGAACUGCCUGGUGGGCAAGGGCACUGGGAAGAAGACUGCUCCUACCCAACCCAUCUUUAUUUUGGACGUUCAGGAGGCCUCCCAGCCAUCCUCCCUGGCAGGCAGCUAUUGGCUGGGAAAGGGGGAGAGAGGCCGAGGAGUAGGUGUAGAGGGCCCUGAGAGGGUCCAGAAAUGUGUUCACACGCAGGCAUAUGUCUGUCCUGCACAGGGUAGGAGGGAGACCCUCUGUAUUGGCUCCACCAUCCAAGUCCACCCCACCCCUUUCUUUGUGCGGGAGCACAGGAUAGGCCACUCUCUGCCUUCCGCAUUCAGGGACUGAAAGGAGAGGGAAGCCAAAGUGAAGGUCGUGCUGCGCCCCCCCCCCCCCCCCCCGCAUCUCUUCACUGGGCUCUACAAGCCAGGUAACCUGCUUCUGAAAAUGGUUACCUGUCCUGGUGUAUAUUGGGGAUCUAACGUUGUGGGAGAGGCUACUGGACUGAGGGCAGUGGUUCCAGGCUGUGGGCUAUCUGGGAACAUUCUGACUGCCUGAAACAGGGUGGGCAUAGCCCCACAGAGAACAGUUUUCUUAGUUUUUGAUAGCACAGCCCACCCGCCCAACACCCCUCAGGAA